GGGGGGGGGGGGUGGUAUUGCAAGUCAUCGUCUUCCUUGUAAAUAGUAGUCUACCCCUGAUCUUGUUCUCGUUCUCUUUCCGCAUCCAAACCAACCGCAAUGGAAGCACAAGCUCCUCCUCAAGGGUACAGAAGAAAUGCGGGCAUCUGCCUCAUCAAUUCAUCUAACAAGAUAUUUUCUGCUUCAAGGCUCAAUCGCCCUGAAAUUUGGCAGAUGCCCCAGGGGGGUAUCGAAGAAGGUGAGGAUCCAAAAACUGCUGCUUUCAGGGAGUUGAGGGAGGAGACUGGAGUCAGUUCUGCAGAAAUUCUUGCAGAGGUUCGACUUCUAGUUUUUGUUCCAUAUUGGUUGACAUAUGAUUUCACACCCGAGGGUAGGGAAAAACGCAAAAUCAGAUGGGGUACCGACUACAAAGGCCAAGCGCAGAAGUGGUUCCUCUUUAAGUUUACUGGCAAAGAAGAGGAAAUCAAUCUUUUGGGUGAUGGAACUGAGAAGCCCAAGUUCGGGAAGUGGUCGUGGAUGUCACCCGAGGAAGUCCUUGAGCUUGUAGUAGACAUUAAGGAGCCCAUCUAUAAGGAAGUUUUGAGUUUCUUCGCUCCAUAUCUCAAAGAGCAGCUUUGAAGGCCCAGAAGAUCUUUUCGUGCUUGAUACGAUUCCACAACAGUUUCGCACUAAUUAAUGGGAAUUUGUCUCCAAGAACAGCUUUGAAUUUCAGGUGUUUUGCAGCAACUAAGAUCUGAGAUCUUCAUCCCAUUCAGUGUUUCAUAUUUCUAUCGCAGCCUUCCAGCAGUUGAAUCACUAUCAUAUGCCAAUCUGUCUUGAAAGACGCAGUCUUUAGGACCUGCUCGGCCCUUCAGCUGAUGUCGAGAAAAAUUCUUCGAUUCAUAAUCAGACAGUCUUUGGACAACUUUCUGAGAACUGUCCGAUGUAUAUGAUCGGCAAAAACGCUGGCAGAUUUUGGCU